GUUUUCCUCUCGACCCCCAGUUGACCUUGGAUGAUACAGACAAGAGGGAGGUUGUGAUGGUAGCAUCGGUUGAUGUUAGGGCUGCGAAGGUCGUUGUGGAAGAAGAACCCAUCACACUUGAUCUAUCCACUGAUGAACCAAUGGAGAGGAUGGAGUCCCCAACCCACCAGAUAGAGAGUUCUGAGUCCACAGAUACUUCUUCAGACGAAGAAGAAUUAGAUGAAGGUCAGGAGGAUGAUUGUACCAACAAAGAUGCUCCUCGGGUGGAGGUGGAGGAGUCCCUGAAACUCAAAGGAGAUGUUCCUUGCGACAAUCAAGAUGACCCUCCUGUGCUUGAGGAGACCAUAGAACUCCCAGAAGAGGAUAGUGGCACUCGAGACAAUCCUUCUAAGCUGGAAGAAGGACAUAGCCAUUCAGAUGCUCCUCGUGAGAAGGUGAAGGCUCAACAACAACACAAGGCUAGAGUUAAGAAAAAUACUCUUGUAAACCAGUAUUCACAAACUGAGAUGAGUGGGACUCAUAUUUGGAACGUCCGUGCAAAAGUCGUAAACAAUUAUUGGUGCGGACAUCACCGUGAGGACAUUUAGAGGAAGUACUAUGUAUGUGUUUUUCUUUAGUGACUAUUAAGCUUUAUUCAAGAGACUAUUUAUAGUGUAGUUCAUAUUUGAGAGACUAUGAUAGUGUAGUUCAGAUAGAUUCUGGUGUAUGUGGUUCAGAGAGACUUUAAGGAUGGGUAUUACCUGAUAACUUGUGCAAUGACUAUACUUAUCAUUCAGGGAGGAGACAUAAUCUCCCUAGUAAUUUUGUAUUUAUUUAUUUUUGUAUUUUAGACAUGAUACAUUUUAUUUUUGUACAGAGCUAAAAUUGCUCACUGUAGUUUAUAUUAUAGACUUGUAUAACUUAUUUUUGUACACAGCUAAAAUUGCUCCCUUUGUAGUGUACAAUAUAGAGUACUAUUUUCUUAAUUAAUCUGUGUGGGCACCACCAAGAUGAUGCUUAGAUGGACUUAAGUAUGUGUUUUCAAAGUAUCUAUUCUUAGAGAGACUACAAUAGUGACGCUCAGAUAAAUAAAAGAGUCAGUGUUUUGUAGAGUGAUCAUAGAGUAUGUUUUUAUAGGAACUAUGUUCAUGAUAUUAAGAUGGAUUAUACAGCAUGUUUUUAUAAGUGAUGGACUCUAUUUUAAGAGUGAGGUGAUCAUGGUGUUAAGAUGGACAAUUUAUGAUAAUUGUUAGUGAUUAUAACGCAGUGGCGGAGUGAGGAGCCAAGUAUGCUCAUUGGUAUAAAUCAGGGAAGAGACAAGUUCUCUCUUUUGUAUAAUUCAGGGAGGAGACAAGUAGUCUCUCUAGUAAUUUAUUAUUUUUGUAUUUUUAAAGUAUACUGUAAACAUGAAACAAGUAAUUUUUGUAUAGAGC